UGCAAAAAAAAUUGUUGUUUGUUUGUAUGUCAUGUGAUUUACCAUGCGUUUAUAAAACCAAGCGACUCUCUCUUUUACUUUGCUUUUCUUUAUUGUUAUUUUUUUUCUUGUCGAAUGAUUAUUAACGAAUAUCGAAUCAUUAACAAUUGUACAGAAGAAGAAUAUCAAAUAGGUCAAUUAUAUGCUACUGCCUUAGCAUCCAAAGAACAAACAGGUGGUGGGGAAGGCGUAGAAGUGAUCAAGAAUGAGCCUUAUGAGAAAGAGAAUGAAAAAGGACAAUAUACCUAUAAAAUAUUUCGCCUAGCCUCUAGAGUACCCAGUAUUGUGAAGGCAGUUGCACCAGCAGGUGCUCUUGAUUUAUAUGAAGAGGCUUGGAAUGCAUAUCCUUAUUGUAAAACUGUCUUGAAAAAUGGCUAUAUGAAGGAUAGCUUCUCUAUUGUAUACGAAACAUUACAUGUCAAUGGAUCAAGAGGUGAACUUGAGAAUGCAUUAAACAUCUCUAAAGAAGACUUAAAGAAGCGUAACGUGAUCAUCAUUGAUAUUGCUAAUGACAAGAUAAACACCAAAGAUUAUAAACCAGAGGAAGAUCCUAAACUUUAUCAUUCAGAAAAGACAGGCCGUGGUCCAUUAACUGAUCCUGACUGGCAAAAGAAGUGUGAGCCUGUCAUGACAUGUUAUAAGCUUGUCUAUAUUGAAUUCAAAUGGUUUGGUUUACAGACUAAGGUUGAAUCUUUUUUAGCCAAGACUGUUCAGACUCUAUUCACUAAAUUUCACAGACAAUUAUUUUGUUGGACUGACAAAUGGUUUGGUAUGUCUAUUCAAGAUAUUCGUGAUUUGGAAGAAAAGACAAAGAAAGACUUGGAUCAAAAGAGAAAUGAAGGUGAACUUCCUGUCAAUAGUCUGGAAAAUGACUUGUAACUGAGUUAAAAAUAAAUGUCAAGGCUAAAUUGCCCUUGUUUUAAUUUUUUCUUU